CCUCCUCCUCCUCCUUCGCCUGCAAACGGUACCUCUGGUGGUGACGGAACAGUGGCACCCGUUUCCGCCAUCUCAAGCAUACUGUCAACUUCCUCUAUGCCUAGAGAUGUGAUUUUUAUGGUGUCUCCAUCUACAUUUUGCCGUUUGAAUUAAAAGCAGGUAAACCGGAUGUGUUGGGAGAUAUGAGAACGGAGGGCUCUACAAGAAGGGUCGAAAGGUAAGGCAGUCUAAGAAGAGGUGGCCAACCUAGAGCCUGUUACCCUACAAAAUCUAACUUUGGUUACUUGACGGGUAAUGUAUAACCUGGAGUGUUAUACCCUUCUAUUUGACUAAGUCCUGCCAUUAAAUAAUUCCUCAGAGAAAAAAAGAAACCUCCCUGGCAUGUCAGCCGGAC